GUGAGUCCAGAGAGGGUCCCAUCAGUAACAUGGUUAACCUGACAGUCACUGGUGGAUCAGUGAUCCUGCAGAGUCCUGUCCUCCCUGUGAUGGAGGGAGAUGACGUCACUCUGCUCUGUAAAACAGAGACCACUCCCUCCAACCUCCCAGCUGCUUUCUAUAAAGAUGGCUCCCUCAUCAGGAAGCAGCCUACAGGUCACAUGACCAUCCAGCAUGUUUCCAGGUCUGAUGAAGGCCUCUACAAGUGUGACAUCAGCGGUCAUGGAGAGUCUCCAUCCAGCUGGAUCACUGUCACAGUUAUUAGUUCAGUCUGUGUUCUGGUUCUUUUGGUGUUACUGGUUCUGCUGGUGAGACGACAAGUUCAAAGGAAAACUGAAUGGGAGGAGUUGGAGAUGAUGACAUCACGUACAGCAAAGGCUCAAGUCAUCAACAACAGCCAAUCAGAGGAAGCAGAGAAAGUCAUCCAGCUGUUGUCCACUCAGCCCUGAGAACUGAAGACAUCAGUUAUGGACAAACAGCUGUCUGAUGGAAAAGACUUUAAACCAGAGCCAGACGUCGUCUACUCCUCACUGAAGUAGUCCACCAGUCCAACCACUGACAUCCAGCUGCUGGUCUCUAACUGGUCCACACAGCCACACAAUGUUGAUUUGCAUAUAUUCUGUAGUGUCUUCUCAUUAUAAUAUACACUCUCAGUGUUUGUAUGAGUGUAUAUAGUAUAACUAAAACAUGAAUGUCAUCUGUACAGCGUUGUCCUGCC